UCUUGAAUGGGGCUCUUCCCACUCUGCUUGGUUUGCUGUGCAUCCCGUGGGUGUGAGCAGGGCAGUGCUCUGUGGGGGCAGGAGGACCCACAGCAAGCCUGGCCCUGGGGAGCACAGCUAAAAUUCUCCAUUUUUAGUGGGGUUGGAGUGCUGCCAUGCCCACCUGCUGUGUCUGUGUGCAAGGAACCAAGGACCCAGUCCAUCCGUUUUGCUUCCACCCACCAGCAGCGCCUCACGGCCGUCAGAAGGGCCAACCCUUGGCAGCCAGGAGCCUGGGAGCGCAGGCAGGACCCUGCAUGGCACCUCCUGUGCUCCUCCCCCCAAUCUCCCUGGCCGUCGAUCCAUCCCGCACCGAAGCUCUGCGUAACGCUGCGGGUGCUUCGAGCGGUGCUGCAUCCAUCUCUCACUCUGUUUGUCUCCCACCCAGACGCCUGGAUGCCAACCUCAUCUCCGUGGUGCCCGAGGAGAGCUUCGAGGGGCUGCAGUCCCUGCGGCACCUCUGGCUGGACGACAACGCGCUGACGGAGAUCCCGGUCCGAGCUCUGAACCGCCUCCCGGCGCUGCAGGCCAUGACGCUGGCGCUCAACCAGAUCUGGCGCAUCCCCGAUUUCGCCUUCCAGAACCUCAGCAGCCUCGUGGUGCUGUAAGCUUCCUCCAUUUGUUAUCCCUCCCGUCAAGGACAAGGUGUUGUGGCUCCUCUUGCUGGGUUGGCUCACAGCAGCCACAGAGCCCACCCUGCUUGGUGCCAAGUGCCAUUUCUAUCUUCCUUUCCACCGUUUCCCAAGCGGGGCAGCCAAAGAGC